AUGGCCGGCCAGUUUCGCGGUACUUAUGUCUCUGAAAACGCUCUGCUGCCUCACCAGGCAAGCACGCACUUUCGCGAAAGUGAGUGGCACAUUGUCCGAGGAUUUAGGAGCGAGAUUCGUGAUUUCAAAGACUUACCGGAGCGUGAACGCAAUGCUCGAUUAAUGGGGCUGUUUGACGAGAUCGGGUUGAAAUCCGCCAGCCACGAUUGGCAAACGUCUACGACCGAGGGCAGCCAGAAUGUUUACUCGAUACUGCAUGCUCCCCGUGGCUCGCAUAAUGAAGCAAUCGUGCUCGUGGCUCCUUGGACCAAUAUGGAUGGCGAAUUCAAUGACGGUGGGAUGGCUCUUUUGGUGUCGCUGGCAAGAUACCUCAAAAAAUGGUCCAUUUGGCAUAAAAAUCUGAUCUUUGUUGUUCCUUCGAACCCCCACAGUGCCUUACGUGCUUGGGUUGGUGCAUAUCACACUAGCCUGAAGUAUACCGCAGGUUCGGUAGAGGGUGCCGUUGUGCUAGAUUUCGCAAGUACAUCGGAACGUUUUGAUCAUGUGGAGGUAUAUUACGACGGGCUUAAUGGUCAAUUACCCAAUUUAGAUCUCAUUAAUACCCUGGUGAAAGUCGCUGACGCUGAGUAUGUUCGGUGCGACCUCCCCGGAUCUGGCCCGAGUUAUCACUUGUAUGGACAACGGUUGCAGACUAUGGCGGCUGGUAUUUUCCGCCAAAUCGUCGCUGGUAUCAAACCUGGUGCUGGGUGUGAAAUGUUCAGUGGUUGGCGCAUCGAUGCUAUCACGUUACGGGCAGUUGGCAGCGACGGCGAGACAGGGCAUGAUAUCACAACUUUUGGCCGACUUGUCGAAUCUGUCGUGCGCUCAAUCAACAACCUGUUGGAGCAUUUCCAUCAGUCAUUUUUCUUUUAUUUGCUUUUGGGGCCCCGCUUUUUUGUGAGUAUUGGCACUUAUCUUCCUUGUGCUAUGCUUGUUUCCAACUCGUUCCUUAUCAUGGCUAUCCACAUUUUUGCGUCCAAAAGACGAUCCUUUUCCCGCGAAACAAUUGGCUUGACGUCGAUGACUCUGGGUGCCGUUGGUCUGGCUUCCCUUAUGUUGUCUUCUUUCUUUGUUAACGCUAUUUCUAGCACUACCUGGAGACUCGGUCUCUUUGCGGCUGCAACGAGUGGUUGUAUAUCUGCUCGCAAAUUACUUGGAAACGAUACCAAGCAGGCGAUUUAUGGUACGGCUCUCACGUUGUAUGGAUUCUCUCUGACUACAUUAUCCAUGUUCAACUUCAGUCUGGCGUUCGGCCUGGGCUUUAUAACCAUCCCUCUUGCAUGGUUGAGGCGGGUCAAGUUCGCUAGGUCGCUGAUUAUUUUAUUGACAUGCCCCGUGACUGUUCUCGGGAUUGCUGCUUGGGUGAUGGAUAUCCCUCUAUUAGACCUCAUCGACUCUUUAAUCUACGCACACAAAGUGCUCAGCGUGUGGACUUGGCAGGUCAUCACGCAGAUUUGGCUACCCAUGUGGUUUGUUGGAGUCAUUAUUUACUAG